UGGAAGCGUUCGUCAAUGUCGCCCAAUACCAACCAUUUCGUGGAGGAAGCUACAUGCCGCUGCCCAAAAAGCUACAAAACAAAAAAAGCGAUCAUCAACGUCCAAAACAGAGACAACGAGAGCUUGAGAUGGGCUCUAUGUACGGCAUUAUUUCCACCAACAAAUGGGAAAAAGGUGACAAGAACGUCAAGCUACCCCACAGAAGACAGGCUGAAUUUUAAAGGAAUAGACUUUCCAACGCCCGUAUCACAGAUUAAUAAACUAGAAAAGCAAAACCCGAAACUAGCGAUAAAUGUGUUUGGCUGGGAAAAAGACCGCGUGAUCGUGCAUAGGCUCAGCGAAAGAGAGGGAAGCCUCCCGAGAAUCAACUUGAUGUUGAUACAGAACAACGAAAAAUCCCACUACACAUACGUGAGAAGGCUGAGCGCGCUGCUGCACAGCCAAAGCGAGCACGUUGGCGUAAAACAUUUUUGUGAAAGAUGUCUGCGCGGCUACACGACGGCAGAGCUGCUUGAAAGACACAAACCCGAGUGCAUAGGGCAGUUGAAAAGGCCCACAAAGACCGAGCUGCCCAAAGAGGGCAAAAACAAGGUGAAGUUCAAGAACCACCACAAGCAGAUGAAAGUGCCGUUUGUAGUAUACGCCGACUUUGAGUCUUUGAUAAGGAAGAUACAUGGCUGCGCGAAAAAAGGCCAGGCAACAAUCAAAACAGAGGUCCACGAGCCCUGCGGUUUUUUGUACCUGAUCGUGAGGAGCGACGGCAAGACGUACGGCCCGUUCGUGUACCGCGGCGAAGACGCGGUCCUCGUGUUCCUGACCUGGCUGCAGGCCCACGAAACGCAGCUGCGGGCCGAGCUGGCCAGAAAAAAGCCGCUCGUGAUAACGCCGAAAGACUGGCGCCGAUACAAAAGCGCGGCGGAAUGCCACAUCUGCAACGAAAGCCUGGUCAAGCCCGAGUUUUGGACUUCCUCGCCGUGGGCGACCCCAACACAGGCGGUACUGCAGCCAAAGCCACAAAAAAUGCUACUAGGAAGACCUCCAAGAAAAGGGGUUUGUGGGGCCGCAAAGAGAAAAAAUGGCGCUAGACGAGCAAGAAACGUGGGAUCAAUUUAACCAAGAGGAAUGUAUAUUUUCAAAGUGCCGCUGCUGGUAAACAACUACAAAGACUCGGUGAAAGACCACUGCCACAUCACAGGGAAAUAUCGGGGGGCCGCGCACAAUGCCUGCAACCUGAAGCUCCGCCUGAACCCCAAAUCGCCCAUCCCGGUGAUCUUUCACAACUUGCAAGGACACGACGGACAUCUCCUGAUGCAGGCCAUGGCGCGGGUGCAGAGGGAAAUAAGCUGCAUCCCGAACAACACAGAGAAAUACAUCUCCUUUUCACUCGGAAACCUGAAGUUCAUGGACAGCUUAAAUUUCAUGAUGAGCAGCUUAGACGCGCCGGUGAAGGGCAGAAAAAACUUACGAAGACAUCCAAAAGAGGAAGCUGCCCCUGAAGAAAGGGAUUUAUCCUUACGAAUACAUGGACGGCUUUGAAAGGUUCGCCGAUACAGAGCUCCCGGCCAAAGAAGAGUUCUUCUCGAAGCUGGCCGGAAAAGGGAUAACAGAAGAAGAGUACGCACACGCGAAGAAGGUCUGGGCCGAGUUCGGAUGCAAAACCCUCGGCGACUAUCACGAUCUAUAUGUGAAAACCUACGUCGUGCUGCUGGCAGAUGUGUUCGAGAACUUCCGAAAAGUCUGCAUGGGGAGAUACGAGCUAGAUCCAGCACGUUAUUACACAGUCCCCGGUCUGAGCUGGGACGUGCUGCUGAAAACGACCGGCGUAGAGCUAGAGUUUUUGACCAACCUAUACUUGCACCUGUUCAUCGAAAAAGGCAUGCGGGCGGCAUCUCGAUGGCGAGCAAGUGGUACUUGAAGGCCAAAAACCCGCGGCCUGCCGACUACGACCCCGCCAAGCCUUCUAAAUUUAUCACGUACCUGGACGCGAAUAAACUGUAUGGCUGGGCAAUGAGCCUGCCGCUGCCCAAAUGGGGCUUCAAGUGGAAGAGAGUGAUGUCCACGCAAGAGCAAAUUAUGAAACUGAAAGAAAACUCGAAGAAAGGGUGGGUCCUGGAGGUGAAUUUGGAGUAUUUGGAGGAGCUCCAGGAAGCCCACGACAGCUAUCCUCUUGCACCAGAGAAAAAGGCAAUAGGGGUGGAGAAGAUGUCAGAGUAUCAAAAAAGAAUGAUGGACGAUCUGGGGCUGGACUUCUCGAAAAGCGAGAAACUGGUGUUCACGCUGGAGAACAAAAGCAAUGACAUUGUCCAUUGCAAGAAUCUGCAGUUUUAUAUCAGCCAGGGGAUGCGUUUGAAAAAGGUCCCCCGAGUGAUCGAGUUCGACCAGGAGCCGUGGAUGGAGCCCUACAUCCAGAUGAACACAGAGUUCAGGAAAGAAGGGAAGAGCGAAUUCGAGACCAACUUCUACAGACUGAUGAACAACUUGGUGUUCGGCAAAACGAUGGAAAACCUGAGAAACCGCGUCGACGUAAAGAUCGUCCGCAGCUGGGAGACCGACAAUAUCCGCCGCCUGGUGGCCAGCCCCUCGUAUGCAAGGCACGAGAUAUUUGGAAAUGACCUGGCGGGCAUCCACAUGCACAAAACGCGGCUGCCCUUGGACAAGCCGAUCUACACCGACAUGACGAUCUUAGAGAACAGCAAGAUUUUGAUGUAUGACUUCUUCUACAACCAGAUGAAAGCCUGAUACGGGCAAAAGUGCGAGCUGAUCUAUACAGACACCGACAGCCUGCUCAUGGAAAUCGAGACGGACGACGUCUACAGAGACAUGGCGAAAGACCUCGUCCUGUACGAUACAAGCAAUUAUCCCAAAGAGCACCCGCUCUACAGCAGCGAAAACAAAAAGGUGCUGGGGAAGAUGAAAGACGAGUGCGCGGGAAGGGUGAUUGAUGAAGCGGUGGCUAUACGGCC